UCCGUAAUCUGUUUGAGGAGUCUAUCCUUUACGAUGAUCUUCGCCAACCAUAAAGGUGGCGUGGAUGUAUGAACUGUGUGUGUGUGUGUGUGUCAAAGAAAGCAUAGCCACCAUGAAUUGGGCUGCUUUCCGCCCGGGGCCGUAAGGGGAAAGGGUUAGUAUCAGUAACUACUGGUACAACUAACUAUCUUAACACCACAAUGAAUUUCUGCAGUUGCAUAGCUGCCAACAGGUGCAGCAAUGCAAAAAAAGGUCCGCACACAGCAUACAACGCCUACAAACAGUUUGUGCAGACAGAUACAACAGCUCUUUUCCUGGCAGCAGCUAUGGAACAUUUCCAUAUGGAUGAUGUUACAGAGGGGGUGAUUCCGGACCAUGUUCUGCAGGGGACUGAAGUGGAGAAAAGAACCUGGCUCCAUGACACAGUGGCGGACGUGGUAGACAGGUUUAUGACCUCAACGGACACCCUACAGCUGUCAGCUGCAGUGACUGGUGCAGCAAGAGCAGAACACACAGGAAAGGAGAAGCUGCCUUGUCGUCAGCCUGGUUGUACCAGAGUCUACGUGAACAAGAAAAGCCGAGAGAACCAUGAGCAGAAAGUCCACCAUCUUGUCGCUGCAUCUGUGCCACCUGCUGCUUCCUCAAGUAUGCUUGACUACAAAAAGCAGCAUACAGAGGCCAGACUGUGCUUUGGCUUUUUGCCCUGGGACAUGCUGGACGCUGUGAAAGAGGGAGAUGGGGAGCGUUUGCUGAGGCUAUAUAAGAUGCCACUUCUAAUGUUCAAAGCAUAUGGGCACACUAAGUUGCACAUGAUGUAA